GCAAGGUCAAAUAUAAUUUCAAACAAACACGCCAUAAAAUUUGAUAAAAUCUGGAAACCAAAAAAGUAACCAUAAAUGAUGUUUUCUUAUCUUCGUCAUAGAACUCGAACAUUUCCAUUACCUUAAAAUGUAUGAGGUCUUCCAAGGAAAGUUAAUAAAUUUGCUGGUGUAAAAAUAAUUUUAUGCUGUUGCUGAUUUGAAAUGUGUUUUCGCGAUACAAAUUGAAAUUGUCGUCUACAAAAUUUCAAAGCUAUGAGACUACCGCCAUUGCCAACGAUUGGGGAUGUUGUGCGACUGUAUAAACUUUCAGCUGCUAAAAGGCUGUCUCAGAACUUUAUUAUGGACAUGUCGCUGAACCAUAAAAUUGUGCGUUAUGCAGGUAAAUUGGAUGAUUGCUAUGUGUGUGAGGUUGGUCCAGGACCAGGAGGCAUUACAAGGGCAAUACUGGAAAAGAAUGUCAAGCACCUCUAUGUUAUUGAAAAAGACAAACGAUUUUUUCCUGGAUUACAGAUGCUUGCUGAUGCCUCUGGACGCUUGACUGCCUACCAUGGAGAUGUUCUCCGAUUUAAUAUGGACAAUCUUUUCCCUGAGGAAUGCAUCCGUCCCUGGACUGACGAUGAACCAAAUCUACAUAUCAUAGGAAACUUGCCUUUUAAUGUAGCAACUCCUUUAAUAUUUCAAUAUAUGGAAGCAAUUUCCAAUAGAACUGGUGCUUGGAGAUACGGAAGGACUAGAAUGACCUUGACAUUUCAAAAAGAAGUUGCUGAAAGAAUGGUUGCAAAAGAAGAGUCGGCCAAUAGAUGUCGCUUAUCUGUAGAUAUUCAGAAUUUAUGCGAAGUCAAACUGAAGAUGAUUAUACCCGGGCGUGCAUUUGUUCCUGCUCCAGAGGUGGAUGUCGGGCUAGUCCAUUUAAUUCCACGUAAGAAACCAAGGAUAGAUCUUCCUUACAGAUUAAUUGUAAAAGUCAACAGACACCUGUUCCACUACAGACAAAAGAUGUGCAAAAAUUCUCUAAAAACUUUGUUUCCAAAUGACCAACCGGACCUUUUGUAUGAACUGAUUGACGAAGCAAGAAUCAACCCAGAGAGAAAGUCAACAGAUUUUAACAUAAAUCAGAUUGGUCGUAUAUGUCAUGCUUACAACAAAAUCUGCCAGCGUUUACCUUACAUUUACCAUUACGACUACAGAAACCCUAAAAGUAAAAAGGAAUAUGAACAAAUAUGUAAAUUAGAAAAUGAACUUCAGUAUGGACUGGUUGAUAAACUAGAUUUUGAUGAAUCUACUGGAAAUAGGUCACAUAGUGAAAGUAGUGCAAAUGGUAAUACUGAUGAAUUAGACACACAUGGAGAAGUUGUUUCAUGAACAACAGGCAUUGUUUAUGUUUCACAAGGUCUUUCAGAAAUGAAUAUAUUUUGAAAUACA